AUACUGUUUCUUUUCCUGAGUCUGUUCUUUCUGCUCCGGCCGCCCAACACUGAUAGAUUUCUUUAUGCAUGAUGACAUCUCUGCACUCUGUUCUUCUUUUCCAGUGUGUUAAUGGCGAUUGGAGCUCGUUACUCACCUCCUUCCGGUCGACGGUUUUUCAUUCGCCGGUGACUUCCGAUUUUAGGAGGAGAAGAGUUGAGAAAACCUGAAUGGUUGAAUUCUGGUUUGAGGCUUUGCACUCCGUUGAUGGUAAUUUGUCGUACAAACGAAGCAGUCAAGCAAUACAAUUAUCCAUUCUUGUAAUUUUAAGGUAAAUAAUCAGUUAAUCACUUCUUGUUUCUUGAAGCUUUUUCCUUGGUAGCAAUUUAUUCUCUUGUGGUUGAUAUGCGCAUUAUACGAUCUUUUCACCACAUACUUUUUGCAUUAGGAGAACUAAAGUUGUAACAUGUACAAUCCAACUACUGGUUAGCUUGUAUUGAAGGGUGUGGAUUGAUCAUGGUAUGUGAGAUUAGUGAAAGAGAAAGCAUUAAAAGAGUACGCACCUGACUUCCUUGGUUUUUGAGUAUAUGGCAUAGCCCUGCACAUGUGUCAAGAGGUUAUGUUGAUCUGAGUAGGCCUUAAAAUUAGUGAAAGAGAUAGCAGUAAAAAGAGUACUUACCUGACUUCCGAUGUUGUCGAAUAUACGUAUGGACAUUUUAACUGCACUUCUAGCAUUUAAAGUUGCUAGUUCUUGAGACAUAUCCCCAUCAUGUAAGUGACUUAAGGCUGUAUCCUUCACUCAACACAUGUGUAUACUGUUCUUUACCAGUCUUGAGUGAUUGAGAAUUAUGAAUGCUAAUCAUUGGAAAUUCAAUGCAGUUUAUGCAGUUAUUUAUAGAAUUCUAGGACAUCUAUGGUUCUUCAGAUUAUCUCACCAGGCUAAGCUUCUAGAACAUGUCUGGGCUGUGCAGUUGAAAAGGGGUUUGCAUGUCAUAUCCAUUGCUGAAAGUGUAAGUUGGGUGCGAUCUUCUGUCAGCUUGAUUUGCAUCCCUCUGUCCAUACACCUGAGUCCAAAAAUUGGUAUUUACAUGUGGGAAUAUCCUCACGUACUCCCUGUACAACCACAAAGGCUUUCAGUCAGGCUUCCGGCCAAGUUGGAAACAAUUAAGACUGACAAGGGUGUGAGGACCAAGGCCUAGUUUCACUUCCUCUAGCAAAGUAUAUUGCAUGUCUUAUCUUUCAAGUUCUAAAGCAUCUAUGUUUGGCUUCUCACUUCAGUUUUAACAUAAUAUACUUGGUGGGUAAAAUAGUAAGUAAUUUUCUUAAGCAGAUUGUUGGUGCGUAAUAGCUGUCCAUGUUAGGCUUGCGAUUGAGAUGCAGAUGUAUGGCUCUAGCAUACUGUUACUUGUCCUGCAUCUUUUCUGCUCUUAGAAAGAACUUGAUUUCUUUUAACACAUCAUUUUGUUAAAAUCGUGCAUGAGCCAACUUCAUUUAAAACUUGUUUUCAAGAUUUAUUUCUCUUUGAUACAGCAUGAGGGGUUGCAGGAUCAAGUCUUCUUGUGGGCUUGAAUGUCGUGAUGUUUCAUAUGAAUGAAGACUCUGUUACUGGGACUGUUUUCACGGGUUAAUGCUUACUGGAGGGGAAUGUGAAAUUGCUUAACAGAUCCCUACUCUCUAUUUUCUUGUGAUCUUCUUGAGCUGUCUCCUGCUGGUCUGUAAAAGAUGGAAGACCUUAGAUUGGGGGUUCAAGGUGAUCUGCGUUCCCAAGUGACAACUCUUUAGGUGAAUCUUUGGCUGCACAGGGUAUCAGUUGGUAUUUUUGUUGAAGUGCAUGGGUAAUCAUGAUUGAUUGGGAAUUUCUCAUCCAAAGUAGCUGAGUAUCUUUCGAAGGUGAGUAGAAAGCUUAGUUCAAGAUUUAUUGCUGUCUAAUGUUUGUAUUUUGUGCUCUGGGCCUCUGGUUGGGAUGUUGUUCACGUUUCAUACUUAAGAUGGGCAAAGCUGUCAUGUUGGUAGUUGAAGAAUUAUUUUCUGUUGGUUGUAUUUUUACUUAGAUUUUAUGCUGAGUGAUGGAGUCUAUUGCCGUGUUUCAGUGCUACUUGAUUUGUCUUUACUAUUGUAGUGUUGUGUUGCCUUUGGAUCUUGGUGCAGAGGUUAUCAUGUGUCCUGAUUUUUUUUUUUUUUUGAAAUGGAGUAAAUUUA